CUGGGGCUUACUGAAGACCAAGGAAGGACAAUGUGCUGAUGUUAAACCUAAUGCACCAACAGUCUGAAAUGGCAGCGCAAGGGAUGGGAGCAGAUGAAGUGAUGAGAUUCGUGUAACUUUUGGAUGACCCCUCCUUGACAAAGACAGUCUCCAUCAAUUGUCCUCAGUCAUUAUUCCCUGCUUUUAUGCCAAGGGGCUUUUUGUAUCUUUUGUUGGUUUCUCUGUUGAACACCAUGCCUUCAAGUCAGAGCAGUGCCUCAGGAACUGAUCUAUUUUCACAUCUGUUUGGAUAAAACAACCACAAGUCUUCAGCUAGUGUUCCAAUGUUCCUUUCUUUUAUUUCUUUGAAUUAUUUUUACAUCAAUAUAAGCUCAGAGGUUCAAGUCAGAUGUUGUUGUGUGUAUUUUUUCUUUUUAUUUCAGCAUGACUUUGUAUUUUCCAAAUGUGCAUGCAAAUGUUUGAGGGCGAAGUUUAUUUAUUCCACUAGAGUCUAAUUUGGGUUUAUCUUAAGUUAGAUUAAAUUGCCUUUAGUUGUAUGUUUACCCGUUUAUGGACCAGCAUCACCUCUAUUGGCCGAUCUGGUCACAUGGUUCGCUAACUUUAUUCAGUUGACACCAAGUAGGAGGGCUUUAUGGAGGGAGGAAAAAAAGACAACUCGAGAAAAAUUAGUAUUUUCUACCUUCAGAAAUUAAUGGCCAUGAGUUCGUAUAUGGUGAACUCUAAGUAUGUGGAUCCUAAAUUUCCUCCCUGCGAGGAAUAUUCACAAAAUAACUAUAUACCUGAGCAGGGCUCGGACUACUUCAGUCCAUCGCAGGACACAGACUUUCAGCAUCCAGGGAUCUACCCACGGUCAAACUACACGGAGCAGCCCUUCAGCUGCAACACUGUGCAGGACUCCACAGUGCAGCCACGGGGUCAUGUGCACGAGAGACCCAGCCACCCGAGCCCCUUUAACGCACAGACUGAGCAGGGGCCCCCGGUCCAAGUGGCCGGACCCCGGACUUGUGGACAGCAGCAAAACACAAAGAGCCAAAAUGGGAUACAAGCCAAGCAGCCUGCAGUAGUUUACCCCUGGAUGAAGAAAGUCCACGUAACAACUGUGAACCCGGAUUACACAGGACCUGAGCCCAAACGGUCCAGAACAGCUUACACCCGGCAGCAGGUUUUGGAGCUUGAAAAGGAGUUUCAUUUUAACAGGUACCUGACCAGGCGGCGACGGAUUGAAAUCGCCCACACGCUUUGUCUCUCCGAAAGGCAGAUCAAAAUCUGGUUUCAAAACAGACGGAUGAAAUGGAAGAAAGAUCACAAACUACCCAACACCAAGGGCAGAUCUACACCAGCCUCCAGCCAUCUGCAAAGCCUCCAGAAGGAUAACCAGACUGAUAUCACAUCAUUAUAAGAGAGGAGGGGGUGUCAUAUCUUUAGAAAUUAACUGUAUAUAAAAAAAGACACAGGUUGCAUCUGACUUUUUGCAUGGGCUGAUGUCGUUUUUAGCCUUUUUUUUAAUUAUUAUUUUUUUUAUUAUUAUUAUUUAACAAAAAAAAUGACCCCAGCAGUGUUGACUCAAGGCUGAGUCAGAAAAUCAAUCAGUCUUUAUAACUGAGAGGUUUGAAAGUUGAGCCUCUCUUGCUUGUUUUAAUUUCCUCAAAGAGACACAAACUUCUUCUUUUUGGACGUUUACCCCCCCAUCAUCAUCAUCAUCAUCCCCCCUCUCUGCGGACAUUUCAUGGAUUUAAACAAAGUGUCUCUGCUCUUCUCACGUGGAUUCACGCUGCUUUUAAAGAUUGAAAUAUCUUUAUUCAAAAACAGGGAAGCCAUUCGUUCAAAUUACACACACACACACACACGAACACACACACACACACCAAUAAAUGUUGUUUCAGUUUUACUCUCAUUGAAACUACAUAAUAAAUGCACAAUAUAGGCUAUAUAUACAUAUAAAUAUAUACUUGAAAGAAACAGAACGCCAAACACAACUCAACCUCCUUUUCGUAAGUUGCAAAUAUCCCGUUGAUUUUUUUUAUAUCAGUUACACGUUUCUUCGUGACUUGUAUGUUUUAACUUAUUUUGUACAAUAAAGCUUUUAAAAUUUUCUUAGCCUAAAUGUUAUUCCCAAAAAUC